UGUGCAUGUGACUCAUCCGAGUGACAACCAGUGACAACAAUAAACAAUAAAUAACCACUCUACUACAAAACACAACAAAAUGGUUUAAAUUAUGGAAUAAUAAAAAAAUCACAGAAAUAAGUUUCUAAUAUGUCCUACACAAUGUCCAAGACAUAAUCGGCUAUGAGACACGACCUAUCAGUCCCAUCUCUUCUCAAGCUGACGUCAUUCGUUCUAUGGAACUGGUUGUACUUUUUCAUGGUCGAAUAUGCGCCAGACAAGAGUCCUGAAUGGUGCUGCAGGGUUGUGACAUUGUUGCAUGGUAGCGUCGCCACUGCCAUCGGCUUGACUCAAUGCCAGUGGCGAAAUGUGACACCAUGGCAUUUUACUAAGGAGCUAACAUCGGGUCAAUACAUUCUGAUGGUAUGGUCGUGGGGCUACUUCGCCUUCGACCUGUUGUGGUGUUUGGUGUACUGGACCGACAGUGUUGUGAUGCUGUUCCACCACAUCGCCGCUCUGGUCGCCAUCACUAGAUUCAUGCAGAAAGAGAGUACAGGGUGCACCUACUCGUGCACUUUAGUACUGUUAGAGAUUACUAAUCCUAUGCUACAAACAAGAUGGUUUCUCAAAAAGGAAGGAUACGGGAACACAACAUUUUAUUUCAUGGUAGAAGUCCUUUACCUGGGCAUGUUCCUCGUCCUUCGAGGGAUACUGGGCACCUACCUCGUGUACUUGGUGUUCAGUACGGGUUACUUCGAUUGGGAGGAAAAAGUUCUAUCAGUCAUCUUCUACGCUGUUUCCCUGGCCUUUGUUUACGACAUAGCUGGAUAUAUACGCUACAAGUACAGAGACGAGAUAAGUGAGUUUAGAGAAUUCUACUAUGCAACCCAAAUUUAUACUGAGUCUGAAGAAUUUCGACGGAGGGCACAUCUAACACAUUCCGAAAUUUUAAACACAAUGUAGCGAUAUUAACACUUUUAUUUGAAAACUCUACAAAUCUAUAGAUCCUUGUUAUAAAUCAGUUCCUUACAAUUUUGCCGUCUUAUUUUACAAAAAAGGGUGUCAGUGUUCCUGCUAGCCAAAAAAUACAAAUAUCAAUUUUGUAUCAAUUGAUCAGAAAUAUAUUAAUGUGUAUAAUUAAUAAUAUAUUUUAAUGUGUAUAAAAUUAGACACUUUUUUGCACAGAACUGCAGAUGUAACAAUAUUUUAUACAGCAUAUUGGUCAGUCCUAUUAGCUAAGAAAUAUAAAACAAUAAACAAGAUAAGUUU